UUGUAUUGGAUGAUGCAGAUGGAGCUGUCUCUGAGUUAUAGCCGGUUGGUUCUUGUUGGUCUCAAUCUUGGAACUGAGAGGUUUGAUGAGGUGCCAUUGCCGAAGAAUAUGGGGAAACCGUUAACGUUUAAUUUGGCUGCUUUGAAUGAAUGUCUUUGCUUAAUUUCAGGUUAUGGAACAUGUAGAAAUGGAAAGAAUCUUGUGUUGGAUCAUAUUGAUGUAUGGAUGAUGAGGGGUUGCGGAGUGGAACAGUCUUGGGUUAAGUUGUUUACGGUUGAGCAGUUGGAGGGUCGUCAGCAUUUCAGUUACUUGAGGCCGAUUGCAUAUUCAGUGACGGGUAGGGAAGUGCUUUUGGAGAUGGAUAAGAGGAAGUUUCUUUGGUUUAGUCUUGAAAAGAAGUCUCUGAAACAUUCUAAGGUUAGCGGGGGAUUUGACACUUUUGAUUCGUUUGUCACUCUGGGAACUCUCGUCCCUUUAUAUUAUGGGGGUGGAGAUGAAAAAGAUGGGAAGAAAGGGGUUGAGGAACAAGAUGACUCGGUGAUAAAGGAAAUGAAGUAGGAACUUUACAAUUAUGAAGGGGGGCGUGCUUUUCAGUUUACAGAGGGAUGAAGAAUAUAGAGAAGACCCUUCUGUUUAUCUCUAGCUCUCCUCUAUAUGCACAUAUAGAGUUAGUGCAGUAUCUGACAUUUCUCUUUUGUUAGCUAAACAAACUGUUGUUGUGGCUGGAAACUAAUCUUUUGAUGCAAGUGUAAUUCUGCUAUCUAAUCUAGACUUGUCUAAAAACCACCUGAUGAAAUGUGGUACUGUUAGUAUUAACUUGUAACUUGUUUGAAUCUUAACCCAUGUAUCUAGUAUAGUAGUCUUUUGGGGCUGCUGGAAACUUCUGGUUUA